AUGUCGGCGGCGGAUCUUCCGGACGAGCUGUGGGCGCGCGUCCUGGAGCUGGGAGUCGCGUCGUCCGCGCUGGGGUUCCGCGACCUAUGCUGCCUCGCCAUCGCUUCCCGCCGCCUCGGACGCCUCUCCGUCCACCCCGCCGUCUGGUCGGAACUCCUCUCUCGCGACUUCCCCUCCCAAUCCCAACCCUCCGCGUCCUCGGCCUCCACCUCCCAGCCGCAGCCGCAGCUCCACCCCAAAUCCCUUUACAAGACCAAGUUUGAGAGGCACAAGGUGCGGAUGGCGGAGGCGAGGCGGCGGGCGGUGUUCGAGGCGGAGGCGCGGGUGCUGGCUUCCAGGAGGCGGCUGGCGGAUCUGGAGGGGUCCAUUCGGGCAGAGGGGGAGAGGAUGAAGACGGCUGCGCAGGAGCUUGACAACCUCGAGAGGGUCAGGAGAGCUUCUGUGGCAUUAAACGUAUGGCAACCACAAGUUGUUCGUGGGCGUCAGAAGCAGUUGGUUCAGCAAUGCACAGUUCCUGUUGAUUCUCGUCUUAGUGAUCUAAACAUGGAACUGAAAGUUUGUAAGCAACAAAUAGCAACUUAUAAGAAUGCUUAUAACAAAGAGAAGCACAAGUUGAAUGAUUAUGAGGAAGCAUUGCAACGAGCAAAGUAUCACCCACUGCAGGAUAGUCAUGCAAGUGGAAUUGUCAAUGAGCCACGUGCAAAGAGGAAGAAACUGAAAUAA